CCUGGCUGCAGAACUGUUAUAAAUCAACCCUGAUGAGCUUGGGUUCCUCAAAGGCUCUGCCCGAAACCAAGCGAGCAACAGUCCGCCACCGCGACACUGUGCUUGGAGAAACAGCGACUGACUCCGCAGCGGCAACAACAUGUCGAUGGGCCUGGAGAUCGGGGGCAUCUCCCUCUCUUUCUUGGGCUGGGUGGGCUCCAUCUUGUGCUGCGGGCUGCCCAUGUGGAGAGUCACCGCCUUCCUCGGCUACAACAUCGUCACCUCUCAGUUCACCUGGGAGGGCCUGUGGAUGAGCUGCGUGGUCCAGAGCACCGGCCAGAUGCAAUGCAAGGUCUAUGACUCCAUGCUGGCUUUGGGGGCAGACAUCCAAGCCGCCCGAGCCCUGAUAGUCAUCGCCAUUGUCCUUGGGGCAUUCGGGGUGCUCCUCUUCCUUACCGGGGCUCAGUGCACCCGCUGCAUCGAGGAAGAGUCUGUAAAGGCCAAAGUCACCAUUGUCUCCGGGGCGAUCUUCCUGCUGGCCGGCGUCGUGACCCUCAUCCCGGUCUGCUGGUCGGCCAACACAAUCAUCCGCGAAUUCUACAACGUUUUGGUUCCCGAACCCCAGAAGCGAGAGCUGGGAGCGGCUCUCUACAUCGGCUGGGCAGCCGCCGCCUUGUUUCUCUUUGGGGGCGCCUUGCUCUGCUGCUCCUGCCCCCCCAAGGAGGACAAGUACAGACCCACCAAUGUGGCUUACACUGCAGCACCCAGGUCAAUAGCAACCAGCUACGACAAGAAGAACUACGUGUGAAGUGGGAGGGCAGCCCUGUUGGAGGGUGAAGUUUGAGGUGCCCACCGGGACCCUCCUGACCCUCACCUUUGCUUCCUCCAGGAAAGAGCAGCCGCUGAGAGGGAGAAUAGAUGUUCAGAGACUUUGCUCAGCUUGACCUUUAGGGACUGGACUUGCGCCUGAGGACCUGAAAGUCAUCCUCAGGAGAGGAAUGGACUUGGCUACCUCCGUCGUCCUCUCCUUUUUUGUGUGGAUGUUGUUUGCCUUUGAGCUGAACACUCCUUGCUUCCCUUAUUGGACUUCGACCCAACACCUGGCAGACUGAACCCCCAAACCCCAUGGCUCAAACUUUGCCUCUCGCUCCCGUCAUGGGGCCAGGACAUAACCACCGACGGUUUGUAUAGGCCUGGGAGAUUCCUAGCAGAUGGCCUGCCUCAUGCCGUUCCAGCCUUGUGUUAGGCCUCCAUUUUCUCUACCAUGGAUUGUUUUGUGUGGGUUUGGGUUUUUUUGUUUUCCAUAGAGGGGUAACUUGAGAAACCAAUCAAGGGGUGGGGGAGGGCUGUGAUAAUUUUCUGGCGCAGAAAGAGACCCCCCCCCCGAGUCUGUUCCUGAGCCGAUUUGUGUUGGGAAAAGAUCCAAUGAAGGUCGGUAGUUGUUAAGAAAACAGGCUUUGGGAAGAUAAAAUAGACCACUUUGGGGAAGACACAGAAGGAGGCUGAACCAGUCUCAAAAACAGCCAGUCUUUUUCCGUCAGCAAAAUGGCAGAAGGUUAGUGGCUGCAGACCUCCUCCUCUCUCUUUACUCUUCAGGGACUAGUUUCGAAAGAGUCCACGCUGCCAUAUCUUGCCCCGAGGCAAUGAAGAGAAAUCCAAGAGAAAACAAACAGUCCUGCUGAAGAAAAGCAGUUGCUAUGAGGCAAAAAACCAAAACAAAACAAAAAGAGAGAGGCUGCGUCUGAGCACCUGAGGCAUAUUCUUGAGGCGGGGAAGCUCGCUGUAGGUUGCCGAGCUGAGGGGUAAAGAUGGCCGACAGCCUUUGCCUCGUCACGCCCUCCUGCCCUUCAGAGCGAGUUCCCUUCUGCCGCAAGGGAACAAGUGGCCCAGCAAGUCCGGCUCCUUGAGAAUGCCCAGCGGUGGUCAGCAUCUGCCACCAAUGGCAGCUUAAGCCAAGUAAAAUUCACCUUGACUUGCGGUGGAUCCCUGUCACCUUUUCCCCCUCAACCCUCCUCUGGAAAGGAGACACAAUGUUGGUGGUGGUGAACUUUGUUACACAUGCAAGAACGCAAUUUUGCUUCCCUCUUUUGCUUUGUGAUAUGCUAAGUUAUGUGGUAUUUUCUGUCUCUCUUUUGUCCCCCAUCCCACUUUCUUCGCGCCAAUAAAACUCUGGUGUACUUGACAAUCCAGGACUGGCAAAUUCCAUUCUUCCUGGAACGGCAAGCUGGGCUGGCCACACUUCCAGAGCUCCCCUGUUGUUCUUUUGCUCCAACUUUGUUUUACUAUUAUUAUUGCUGUUGCUGCUGUUGUCAUUGUCUUUAUUAAUUGGGUUUCUUAGUUGCCCUCCACUGUGAGAUCCCAUGGUGAAAAAAUAC